AAAUCCCCCCCUCUCAUCAUCUCAUACAUCAGCAGCCAUCAGCCACGCCCAUGCACGCAGCUCGCAGCCGCUAACACAAAACACAACGCAUUCCAACACAUAAUUAAUUCCCCCUAAUCCGCUUCCCCCCAAGCACUGCAUAAAUACCACCUCCUCGCACUCCAACUCAACCUUCCUCUUCUUCUUCUUCAUCAUCUUCUUCCGGUUUCCUCUACCAUGGGUCUCUGCUGCAGCAAGACGCAGAAGGAGACGACGCCACCGCACGGUGGUGCAGAGGCCACCACCUCCCCGCAGGUGAAGAGGAAGUCCGGCAAGAUCGCCGCGGACGACAAGGGCAAGAAGACGAGGGCGGGCAGGGCGGUGGAGGCGGCGGGAGACAAGAAGGCGGUGUUCGUCGUGAAGACGAAGUCCGGGGCCGUGAAUGUGGAGGAGAGGAGGCCGGUGGUGGUGGUGCCCACCAUGCCGGUGCGGACGUCGAGCUGCACCAAGGAGGAGGUGGACGCGAUCCUCAUCCAGUGCGGCCGCCUCAGCCGGAGCUCGUCCGGGAGGGCGGCGUCGAGCGAGACGGGGGCCGGUCACCGGAGGUCGAAGAGGAGCUACGACUUUGAUCAGGAGAGGAGACCCGGGUGUGGUGGUGGUGGGGAUGAGGAGCGCGAUUGGGAGAGGCAUGGCGGCGCGGUGUCCAGGCCGUCGCCUCACCGGGGCUCGCCGCAGCGGAAGCGCUCUGGUAGUCGGGAGAGGAGCAGCGGCGGCGGCAGCCGUAGAGCGAGCCGAUCGCCUGGGCGGCGUGCCGAAGGUGUGUCCCCUGCACCGGCUCCGGCAGGUUCCGGCGGAGGCGGCGGCGGCGGAGAGCGGGUGGUGAGACAGCAGCCGGGGAAGAUGGUGUCCGUCCCGGCGAGGGAGAAGGCGCGCGCGCCGUCGCCCGCGGCCGCGUCCGGCAAGAGGUGCGCGUCUCCGAGAUCAAGCUCGCCUGCGAGGAUGGUGGCUGCAGGGAAUGAGAAUGCUGGAGGCGGGCAGAUGACGGCGGCGCAGACGCCUUCGCUGAGCCGGAGCUCGUCGCCGUACAGGCGCAGCCCCAUGGCGGAGAUCGACGAGAACUCCCUCCGCAACAACAAUGGUGCCAAUCACCACAAGAAAAUUUCGGAAAACGCGCUCGCCAUCGCCGCCGCUCCCCAGAAGGCCACGGAGCGUUCAAAGGAGAAGCCGAAGGUCGUGGAGGAGACGGUCCUCGUUGCGGCGGCGCCGCCCGCGUCUAAGACGACGGCGACGCGCACGGCCAGUGCCACGGCCGAGAGCCUCAACACGAAGGCCCGGUCUCGCCGGGCGUCGCGGGACUUCGACCAGAACACCAACUCGUACGCCACCCAGCUCCUCGAGGACAUCCAGAGCUACCACCAGCAGCAGAACACCACCUCCGUGGCCGCCACCGCCGCGACGCUGCCCAGCUUCUCGCUCCCGGCGUGCGUCUCCAAGGCGUGCUCCAUCCUCGACGCCGUGGCCGACCUCAACUCCUCGUCGUCGGACAGCCACUCCUGCGAGCCCGACCGCUCCGCCAACGACAGGGGAUCGGUCAACGCGCCGCUCGGCGGCGGCAUGGACGACCUCGCGGAGCCGGGCGUGCACAAGAGGCACGCCACCGCCCCACGGGGGGACAUCCGCGGCGGCGGCGGCGAGACCGAGCCGCAGGAGUCCGCCGGGAGCAACAGCGUCUCCGGCAACCCGUGGACGCCGUCGUGGGAGCCCAACUCGGUGGAGUCCACGGACCGGACGUGGAGCGCGUCGCGCUCGACGAACAACGGCGACGAGGUGGUCGAGCAGGGCAGCAGCAGCCACGCCGGCGCGCGCAGCCCGCUGAACCGCUCCCGGCAGAGCAGCAAGCAGAGGGCGGCGCAGCCGGAGCACAGCGUCCGGUCGCGCGCCGGCAGCUCUGGUGGUAACAGCAACAACGUCGUUCAUCGUGGACGCGGUGCUCAUCGCAGCGGCGGCGGCGGCGGCGGCAGCGUGGCCAGCGGCCGGUCGGGUGUUCGGGCCGUCUCGGCCAUGUCAUAGAAGGAAAAAAUUAUCCAUGUUACUCAUGUAUGCUGCUGUUAGGUUGUAGAAUUUGUGAUCACUGCUCAGUGUCAUUCGUAGUAGAUUGGGUUUCUAGUGGCAAGAUGGAUUGCUGCUUCAGUCACAGAUGUGUUUGUGGAUUGUGGUCCACUGUUUUGGUUUAGUGAUACAUUGUUCAGAUGUAGGUCAUUGUGUGACAUUGGCAAUGUAUACUCUUGUCGUCAGUGUUUAGGCUGCACACUUGAAUCUUCUGGUGUAUUGAUUUCAUAUUCAUUUCCAGUUUA